CAAAACUGUUUGCACAGAGGUUGCCGCAUUUGUUCCGUUGCAAAGUUUUGUCUAAAUCUAGCAUUCACACUCAUGCAAGCACACGUUAACAUAAUUAUAUCAGGAAUUUACCUCGUUGGAUUUAUCGUAUUUUGCAGGAAAAUAAUGAAUCCAACACAGCUAUGGAUUCUGCUAAUAAUAACAGCAGCAUUACCCUUUUGCUACGCACAAGUUGACGAACGCCCCGUUAUCUUACCAGCCCCAGUUCGCGGCAUUGAUUGUAUUUGUGACUACAAUGCUAACCCUUGUCGCUGCAAUUUUGAAGUUGAACACCUUUUGACCAUGAUAUACCAGGAGGAUGGUAAGACAUACCUUGUUGAACCGUUUGAAGGACAACUGCGUUUAAAGGCAAACCAUUACAUCCUGAAUUCCAGUCAGGCUGAACAAGUGAUUACAGCUGACGGAGAAGGUUCAAGACUAGUUAUUGGAAUCAACGGAAAGUUUCCUGGCCCGCUGAUUGAUGCGUAUGAGAAUCAAGAAAUAGAGAUAACUGUUGUUAACCGAUUCCAUACGGACAGUGUAACGAUUCAUUUCCAUGGUCUCCAUCAAGUCGGACGGCCAUCGAUGGAUGGAGUAGCUUUCGUCUCGCAAUGCCCCAUUCUUCCCGGACAAACAUUUGUGUACAAGAUCAGAGCAAGCCCUCCUGGAACAAGUUAUUAUCACGCUCAUAUAGGAGACCAGAGAAGCAUGGGCCUGUAUGGGCCUAUUGUUAUAAGAAUACCCCAAAGUGCUGAUCAAUUCUUUGGAGAUAUAAUCAUAACUCUGCAAGACUGGAAUCAUGACAUGGAUUCGGAAACAGCGUAUCAACGAAUGAUAACCGAACAGUUUGACAGCGUAGGAAACGUGCUCCCUCCAACGUUUUCAGUAGACAAUGCUGAAUUUACCAGGUUUGCAUUUCACUCUGGUCUUGUAAAUGGUAAAGGAAGGUAUUGGCCGACAAAAUAUUCACACAACGGAGCGCCCCUUGAAAGGUUUAUUGUUCGAAAAGAACAAAAGUUUAGGUACAGAAUUAUUGGCGCUCAAACACUAUAUCCAAUGAGAGUGUUCAUACAAGGACAAACUCUUUCACUCAGGACAUCAGACUGCUAUAACCUUAAGCCAAUAGAAGUUCAGUCAAUAAUUGUACAUCCGGGUGAACGGUACGAUUUCACGUUUAGUUUUAGCAGUGCUUCAAGAAAAGAAUACCUGUUGAUUGCAGAAACUAUUGAAACUCGUGAUAGCCACAAUAGCUACCAUGCGGCUGAAGCAGUAAUUGAAAUUGAGGAUUUUGAGGGAACACGCAACGAUAACCCCGAGAACGACCAGACGGAGGUGUGCAGUGUUGGUGCAAAAUGCGCUGUUUUUAAUUGUCCAUACGGAAGUCCGGGUACAAAUUUUCAAAACUGUCUAAACUUUAACAACGUAACCAACACAGAGCCAAACAGAGAUUCUUCUAUUAUUAUGAACAUUGACGAAGAAUACUUCUUCAACUUUGGUUUUCCCGGGAAGAGCUAUACACCAGGGUCAGUAAAUGGUCGCGAAUUUGUGUCCCCUGUAUCACCAGUUUUAACACAGCCUGGUUCACUGAAGACAAAAUGCGGCGAAAAUGACUGUACCAAUGACAUUUGCAAGUGCACAUAUAUUGUUGACCUACCAAAGAACAAGGUCAUUCAGCUGAUCUUUACUAACCUUGGCACUGGAUCGGGUUGGUCCCAUCCUGUUCAUUUGCAUGGCCACACUUUCUUUGUAAUGAAAAUGGGGUUCGGUGCAUACGAUGAAACGAACGGGCGUCUCAUAAACGACACUACAGACAUCAUGUGUACAGAUCUGAACAAUUUUUGCACGGAUAUGCGAUGGACCGAUUCUUCUUGGAUAGGUGGAAACAUUCCUGGCCUUAGUAACGAUCCUCCCCAAAAGGAUACCAUUGUCGUGCCGACCGGCGGUUAUGUUGUUGUCCGCAUAGUAACAAACAACCCUGGUAUGUGGUUCCUCCAUUGUCACAUCGACCUCCACAACACUAAUGGAAUGGCCAUGGUUAUCAAUUCCGGACCAGGGUCGCAUCCAGCAACACCUGUAGGAUUUCCGAGAUGUGGCAACUUUCUUGACGAUGGAAUAUCGGAUGAUGCAACGAGUUCAUCACUCCCUGGACGUCCUGAAGGAGUUAUGAUUUUUCUCGGAGUUCUUUGCUUCUUGUUGAUCGUCUAAAUCAUUUUCCGCGAAGUCAGGAGGCGGCGUAGUUGAGCUUAAAAUGCUGUAUAGGCCGAUUUCGAUGUGGAUUGGAUGUAUGCCACCUGGAAUAUGUUUUAUGUUUAUGGUGCGUUUUUCGCGCAGUAUAUUUCCUACCUUUAAUUACAUCAAUUUCCUUAAAUAUUACUUCCGGGGCCAAAUUAUAGAAGCAUCUUAAGUUUAUAUUUUACCUUUUCCUUUAAUUUCCUUAUCUGAUUCAUUUCACUGGAAGAAAGUGUUAUGCUUAGUGCAUAUUUUGUAAUUAAAAUACAUGUAUGGACAUUUAAGUUAAUAUGGACAUUUAAGUUUUCAAAGAUGAAAACUCCAUUUUAAAGAUUAGCUUUUCAAAGAAAUAUAUCAACUCCAAACUUGAAACUUAAGUUAAAAAUUUCGUAAGAUGCUUCUGUAAUAUGGACCCAGAACCUUAAUUUAUAUUUUGGCAUUUUUUUUUUACUUUUCGGAAAGAAAGUGUAGGCGGUGGCCUAUAGGAAGCUCCGUCUUUGCGCUCAUUUUGUAUAAACACCCUUUCAAUUAAUCGCCAAAUUGCGCAAAAGGGUUGCCCCUCUGACCGGAAAUGACGUAGAUCAAGGAUAAAACGUUUCCGAUACGCCGAUCUCUACUUUAAUUAUCGCUGAAACGGAUAUCAUACGUGUGUUGUCGGAGAAAAGAUAUAUAAUGCUUAAUGUAGAUGAUAAAGACAUUUUUUAGAAACUCAUUUAUUGUUGUUUUUACGAUGUUUGCGAACGUUUUCGAAGUAAUACAUGUACUAAAAAUAGGUCCACUUAGUAGUGUAUAUUAUUAGAGUAGUUCUUUGUCUGAUGAAAGACCAAAGUCGGAGAUGGUGAGUUUAUAUAGCAUUGGAUCAGCUGAACUGCGUGUUGAAAAUUUAAAGUAUACAAAUAGAAUAAAAUGUUGUAGUUCUUGAAAACACUGCUUUUCGCAGAAGUGCUUGUGCUUCCUAGCUCUUCAAAGCAAAUGAAAAUAUUUGCCGGUUUAUUGUGUGUUAUUACUUACAUUCUGGACGCUUAGGCAUUAUCUAUAUACAAAGAAAAUGUUACACCAUCUCUGACUGAUAUUGCGUCUUGUUUCGCGACGAGUCAUAUCAACUGAUAUCCAAUACGUCAUAAUUUUACAGACUCCUCAAGAAAUAAAGAAAUAAUGUGGAAUUGGUUUAUGUUUUACAAUUUAAUUAUAUUAUUUUAAACAUGCCUAUUAAGUUAUGCACAAUACCGACUGAUCUAAUCAUUUUCCGCUCAGCAACUAAUUAUCUGCAUUGUUUUUGUUUGAUUGUUUUUUGUACAAAUUGUACUGUAAACGACAAAAAACAAUUUUACAAGCAGCUGCUAGACUGCCUAUUCCCGUAUCAGAUCUGUAACAUGUUAUUUCUUGGACACUGCCUUUCAUGGCAAACAUUGGAUACAUUGAUUUUAACUAUGUGGUGUUACAAAUGUUGAAAAUGAUAAUGAAUAUCUAUUACAAAAUGAUACGUAUUUAGCUUACUACUUGAGCAUAAAGAGCUCAGCGUGAGUUAUAAUGAUAAGGUAAUUGUCCGUCGUCCGUCGACGUCCGCUGUCAUCAUUUUCCUUCAAACAACUUCUCCUCCUUAACCACUGCGACAAUUUCAACCAAACUUCACAGCAAUGUUCCUUUGGUGGUUCUCUUCCAGAUUCCUUCAAUAAAAGUGUUUCCAUGCAGAACUCUUGUUGCCAUUGCAACUUAAAUGAAUAAUUCGUCUUCUCAGAAUAUGCUGGCCCGUUUUUUAAAUAAUUGCACAGAAAUGUUCCUUAGGUUACCAUAUAUCGAUUGUCUUCAUCCCUUGUUGUUUGGUAAAAAGAAUGGCCGCCAGGGGUUUGGGCUACUUUUCACUAUAUGUCUUUACGGACAAUUUUGAAAAUCUUCUCUCAGAAACCAGUAGCCCGAUGUCAAAACAUUGUGUUAUUUAUUUUAACAUAUUCUUUGGUGUUCCUUUUUUAACAGUGUAAAAGAUGUUUGUAUUCUAUUUAGUUUUACAAUAGCUGUUGUUAUUCAAUAAGUCCUAACGAAGGACUCGCGGAGGAUAUUUUGUAACAUUUUCACCUUAACAUUCAUUCCUUAAAUGAACUGCCUUUCUGCAAUUGCGAAUAUUUUCCAAUGAACGCAACAUCUUUGGAUAUGUUCGGAUAGCAAAUCAUUUACAUGUAAAUUGAAAAAAUGGUAUUUUGUUAUCGGGACGUUCUAUGUACAGAAUUGUUAAUAAAAAUUUCUGUAAGGUUUCCUUGAAGUGUUUUUUUAAACAAUUCUUGAAUGAAAUAAUGAACUACUGUUGUAAAUAUCACUAAUGAAUUGCGUGAUUGAUGUCAUUAUCAGGGAAAUGAAAGCAUUGGGCUGGAUAAAGUACGCAUCAAAGCACACACUUAUACCAGCCCAACUGCAGUUUCGGACUGCACACACUUAAACCAGCCCCACUUCGUUCAUACCCCGAUAAUGACAUCAAUCCCUCAAAUCUUUUAUUGAAUUUUAAAUAUAUGACAACUCGUGACAUAUCCUACAUGUAUGUGUAUAAAAUAUUGUAAACAGUUUGUAUGUCAAAUGAUUAACCACUUUUAUUUGCACUGACCAUGACCGAAGCCACAUUUUACUAAAUAUGACAUUUAUAAAUACAUGUUUGUAUUUUAUGUCCUAUGGUUAGAGUUCCUGUUUAUAUUUACCUUUUCUAAGAUGUGUUGUAGUGUUAUAUUUAGACAUGUAAAUACAAUAAAUCAUAAGCUUACUAGA